AGAUGAUCCAGGUGAGACAUUGGUAUGCAGCCCUCAAGCAAUAUGGCCGUUUUUUCACCUUAAGCUCCACCUUUAGUUGACGUCAUGACAGACCUUCUGCCCUGUCGGUCGGAUUGUUCUAGCAGCAGGACUCGGACUGUGAGAAAGGUACCGGGAUGAGUCUGACCCCGCAGGUGUUUUGGGCACAGAGGCACCAUGAGUUGUACCUCCGGGUGGAACUCAGCGAUGUGCAGAACCAAGAAAUCAGCAUAUCUGAAAAUGUCCUGCAUUUCAAAGCUCAAGGACAUGGUGCUAAAGGAGUUAAUGAUUAUGCGUUUUCCUUGGAAUUUUUUGAGCCUGUAAAGUCCAAGUUUCAGCACCGAUCCACGCAACGACACGUUUGCAUCACUGUGAAAAAGAGCGAACACUGCUGGUGGUCUCGCCUGACUAAACAGGAGCGCAAGCCACUUUUUUUGUCCCCAGAUUUUGACCGUUGGCUUGAUGAAUCCGAUGCAGAGAUGGAGCUACGAAAAAAUGAAGAAGAGAGAAUAUCAAAAAUCAGGACAGAAUCCAGAGUGCGGGAAGAUCUUCUCUUUACAGACUCCUUCUAUGACACAUUUCACACUAUGGCAGACAUGAUGUAUUACUGCCAAGCCUUGGCUCUUUUGGAGAUUAUAAAUCCCUUAAUAGGAUUGGUGAAAACAGGAGUUGUACCAGCUGUGAUGCAGGUCCUGGGCAGAAAUUUCAUCUUAUUUAUCAUCCUUGGAAACCUGGAGGAGAUGCAGACAAAGGGUGUGGUCUUCUUCAUAUUCUACCUGUGGAGCACAAUUGAGGUCUUCAGGUACCCGUUCUACAUGCUGGCAUGCAUAGACACUGAGUGGAAGCUGCUCACCUGGAUUAGAUACACAAUCUGGAUCCCACUCUACCCGCUUGGAGCAUUGUCAGAAGCUGUGUCUAUUGUUCAGGCAAUUCCAAUUUUUAAUGAGACUGGGAAAUUCAGCUUCCAACUUCCUUUUCCCCUUGAAGUGACUGUUGGCUUUCCUGUAUUUCUUGUGAUCUACCUACCGCUCCAAUUAUUGGGUCUUGUGAUCAACUUCCGACAUUUGUACAAGCAAAGACGCAGGCGCUUGGGCUGCCGGAAAAGGAAAAUGCACUGAAUUGCUCUUGGGUAGUCCAUGCCAGUCCUGAAGUCUCUGUGGACAUAAUUUCCGCACAUUCCAAAUGUCACAUUAGUUUUGUUUUUUUAUUUUGUUUGCUAUGGUUUUUUUCCCCACUCUUCUUUUUUUUUUUUUUUUUUUUUUGUAACAAAUUGCUGGAUGAUUGGUGAUUUUUGGAAAAUAUUUUAAUCUUUGAAAUUGUAUUUUAUAAAUCUGUUUAAACUGUGGCAAAUGAUCCUGCUAUGUUUAAAGGGACAUGAAACACCAAUAGUUUUAGAUAGAUAGACUGUCAUUUUAAACAACUUUCUAAUUUACUUUUAUUAUAACAUUGUCUUUGUUCUCUUGGUAUCCUUUUUUGAAAAAAGCUCAAGAGCAUGCAGGUGCCUGGAGAACUAUAUGUUGUCCCUUUGCAAGAACUGGUAUCUCUUCAACAUAGAAUACCAUGGGAACAAAGAAAAUGUGAUAAUAGGAGUAAAUUUAAAACUUUUAUUAAAUGUGUAUGCUGUCUGAAUCACAAAAGAAAAUGUUUGGGUUUCAUAUCCCUUUAAGAUGUAUAUUUAUUUAUUUAAUAUUUUAAAUCCAGUAUUUUGAUGCAGCUACAGAUAUGAGAUCAAGAUACAAAUAAGCUAUAAAGUGUUGGGACCUCUUGAGACUGAUUUAUUAUUCACAAAUGAGGCCCUUCAAGGAGGCAAAUGCUUUUUAUUUUUAAUUACUUUUGUGGACUUUUGUCCUCUGCGUAACAAUCAAUUGCAAUUGUACUUAAAAUAAUGCUCACAAAAAAGUAUUUAAAGCUUGUUAACAUUUUCCUUUUUUUUUAAAUGAAAAAAAUACAAAUGAGUUGAUAUUAAUGUCAAAGAUAUGAAAGUAUUAAUGAUUGAAAUGGUGGGAAGAGUAAUUAAAUGCUUGAAAAGUGCGGGGGUUUUUUGUUUGUUUUUUUAAGGUGCUGAAAUCUUAAAGGGGCAGUCUACUCCAGAAUUGUUAUUGUUUAAAAAUAUAUGUCUUAGAGCUAAGGGCAAUCUUCAAUGCUCUUCUGGCCUGGCCUCAGUUGGCUUCAACCUAGUUUAUCAGAUUUCAGUCGGACAA